AUGCUGGAGACUGUUGAGAUGUGCUUUCUGAGACGCAUGCUGGACACUGUAGAGAUGUGCUUUCUGAGACACAUGCUGGACACUGUAGAGAUGUGCUUUCUGAGACACAUGCUGGACACUGUAGAGAUGUGUGUUCUGAGACACAUGCUGGACACUGUAGAGAUGUGCUUUCUGAGACACAUGCUGGACACUGUAGAGAUGUGCUUUCUGAGACGCAUGCUGGACACUGUAGAGAUGUGCUUUCUGAGACGCAUGCUGGACACUGUAGAGAUGUGCUUUCUGAGACACAUGCUGGAGACUGUUGAGAUGUGCUUUCUGAGACGCAUACUGGACACUGUAGAGAUGUGCUUUCUGAGACACAUGCUGGACACUGUAGAGAUGUGCUUUCUGAGACACAUGCUGGACACUGUAGAGAUGUGCUUUCUGAGACACAUGCUGGACACUGUAGAGAUGUGCUUUCUGAGACACAUGCUGGAGACUGUAGAGAUGUGCUUUCUGAGACGCAUGCUGGACACUGUAGAGAUGUGCUUUCUGAGACACAUGCUGGACACUGUAGAGAUGUGCUUUCUGAGACACAUGCUGGACACUGUAGAGAUGUGCUUUCUGAGACACAUGCUGGAGACUGUAGAGAUGUGCUUUCUGAGACACAUGCUGGACACUGUAGAGAUGUGCUUUCUGAGACGCAUGCUGGACACUGUAGAGAUGUGCUUUCUGAGACGCAUGCUGGACACUGUAGGGAUGUGCUUUCUGAGACGCAUGCUGGACACUGUAGAGAUGUGCUUUCUGAGACACAUGCUGGAGACUGUAGAGAUGUGCUUUCUGAGACACAUGCUGGAGACUGUAUAG